AUGCUUAAGGAUCCAUCCAUAAAAUACCCACCUGCAAAACAUAUCAACUUACCUACAAGAACCUGGCCAAACAAAACGAUAACAAAGGCUCCAAGAUGGUUAUCUACCGAUUUAAGAGAUGGUAAUCAAUCAUUACCUGAUCCAAUGUCAGUUGCAGAAAAGAAAGAAUAUUUCCAUAAAUUAGUUGAGAUUGGGUUUAAAGAAAUUGAAGUAUCAUUUCCUUCAGCUUCUCAGACUGAUUUUGAUUUCACGCGUUAUGCCGUUGAAAAUGCCCCAGAAGAUGUUGCUAUUCAAGUCUUGACCCAAUCCCGUGAACCAUUAGUUAGAAGAACGGUUGAAUCGGUCAAGGGUGCUAAAAAGGCGAUUAUUCAUAUUUACUUAGCCACUUCUGAUGUCUUCCGUGAUGUUGUCUUUGGUAUGUCAAAAGAAGAUGCUAUUGCUAAGGCUAUUGAAACUACUAAAUUAGUCAGAUCUUUAACUAAAGAUGAUCCAAAUAUGCAAGAAACUGAAUGGAACUUGGAAUUCUCUCCUGAGUGUUUCUCGGAUACUCCAGUUGAAUUCGCAGUUGAAAUUUGUGAAGCUGUCAAACAAGCCUGGGAACCAACUGCUGAAAAUCCAAUGAUCUUCAACCUACCUGCAACUGUCGAAGUUGCUGGUCCAAAUGUCUAUGCUGAUCAAAUUGAAUAUUUCUGUCAACACAUUACUGAACGUGAAAAGGUUGUUGUCUCGACCCAUUGUCAUAAUGAUCGUGGUUGUGGGGUUGCUGCUACCGAAUUAGGUAUUUUAGCUGGUGCUGAUAGAGUCGAAGGUUGUAUCUUUGGUAAUGGUGAAAGAACUGGUAAUGUCGAUUUAGUCACUGUUGCUUUAAAUAUGUAUACUCAAGGAAUUUCACCAAACUUAGAUUUCUCUGAUAUUGAAAGUGUCAUCGAUGUUAGUGAACGUUGUAACAAGAUCAAUGUUCAUCCAAGAUCUCCAUAUGGUGGUUCCCUUGUUGUUUGUGCAUUUAGCGGAUCUCAUCAAGAUGCUAUUAAGAAAGGUUUCGCCAAGUCUGAUGAAAGAGCUAGACAAGGUGAUAUUAAAUGGGCUAUGCCAUACUUACCAUUAGACCCAAAGGAUAUUGGAAGAACAUACGAAGCUGUUAUCAGAGUCAACUCUCAAUCUGGUAAAGGUGGUGCUGCUUGGGUUAUUUUAAGAUCUUUAGGUUUAGAUUUACCAAGACAAUUACAAGUUGCAUUUUCUGCUACUGUUCAAGAAAGAGCUGAUUCAUUGGGAAGGGAAUUGAAAACUGAAGAAAUCUGUAACUUAUUCAAGAGACAAUAUAUCCAACCAUCUUCCCCAUUGGCUCUCAAUGAUUUUGAAAUUACCAAGAAUAAGAGUUCCGAUAAGGACAACAAUCGUGAAAUCUAUGCCGUACUUGGUCAAGAUGGAAAACAAAUUACAAUUAAGGGUCAAGGUAAUGGUCCAAUUUCUUCAUUUGUUAAUGCAAUUUAUCAAAGAUUUGGUAUCUUAUUUGAAGUUGAAAACUAUAGUGAACACUCAUUAGGAAGUGGCUCCAGUAGUAAGGCUGCUACUUAUGUUCAAUUAACAUAUGUUAACUCCUCUAAUGAAAAGGUUUCUAAAUGGGGAUGUGGUAUCCACAAUGAUGUUUCACAAGCUUCAAUUGAAGCUAUUCUUUCUGUUCUUAAUUCAUUGAUUGAAUCAAAAGAACUUUCUCUCUAA